GCCGGCGUUGGGCCCGCCUGGAAUGCGGGAACAGGCUGCACACCAGGACUUUUAUGGAAACUUGCUGCUGGAGCCGGCGGCGGCCAGAGGGCUCGUAGCGGCUGGAGCGGCGGCGGCCGGAGCGCCAGGACCCCUGACCACACCCCGGCACCCAGAGCCUGCCAGCGCGCACCCCGGACCUUCGCGUGUCGCCGGCUCGAGGUGCAAAAAAUUACAAAGCUUCAUAAUCACCCCAAGACUGCAUAGAGCAAACAUGAAUGAUAUUUCUCAAAAGGCUGAGCUUCUGCUUUCUUCAUCUAAACCUGUACCAAAAACCUAUGUGCCAAAACUUGGCAAGGGUGAUGUAAAGGAUAAGUUUGAAGCCAUGCAGAGAGCCAGGGAAGAAAGAAAUCAAAGGAGAUCUAGAACCGAAAAGCAAAGAAGAAAAGAACAAUAUAUUAGAGAGAGAGAAUGGAACAGGAGAAAGCAGGAGAUUAAAGAAAUGCUUGCUUCUGAUGAUGAGGAAGAGGUAUCUUCUAAAGUAGAAAAGGCUUACGUCCCAAAGCUAACAGGAACUGUUAAAGGUAAAUUUGCUGAAAUGGAGAAACAAAGACAAGAGGAACAAAGGAAGAGGACAGAAGAGGAACGAAAACGCAGAAUUGAGCAGGAUAUGUUAGAAAAGAGGAAGAUACAACGUGAAUUAGCAAAAAGGGCUGAGCAGAUUGAGGACAUAAACAAUACGGGAACUGAAUCAGCAUCAGAGGAAGGAGAUGAUUCACUGCUUGUAACAGUGGUACCUGUCAAAUCACACAAAACAUCUGGAAAAAUGAAAAAGAAUUUCGAAGAUCUAGAAAAAGAACAAGAAGAAAAGGAAAGGGUCAAGUAUGAAGAAGAUAUAAGAUAUGAAGAACAACGUCGGUCUCUCAAGGAAGCAAAGUGUCUUUCAUUGGUCAUGGAUGAUGAACUGGAAAGUGAGGCAAAGAAAGAGUCACUUUCUCCUGGAAAAUUGAAACUGACUUUUGAAGAAUUGGAAAGACAAAGACAAGAAAACCGAAGGAAGCAAGCUGAGGAGGAAGCAAGAAAACGUUUAGAAGAAGAGAGGCGUGCUUUUGAAGAAGCAAGGCGGCAAAUGGUAAAUGAAGAGGAGGAAAACCAAGACACAGAAAACAUUUUUAAAGGGUACCGCCCUGGUAAACUGAAACUCAGUUUUGAAGAAAUAGAAAGACAAAGGAGAGAAGAUGAAAAAAGGAAAGCAGAAGAAGAAGCCAGAAGAAGAAUAGAGGAAGAAAAGAAGGCAUUUGCUGAAGCAAGGAGAAGCAUGGUAGUAGAUGAUGACUCCCCAGAGAUGUAUAAAACAACCUCUCAAGAAUCUCUUACACCUGGAAAACUAGAAAUUAAUUUUGAAGAAUUAUUAAAACAAAAAAUGGAAGAAGAAAGACGACGAACAGAGGAGGAACGGAAGCAUAAGCUAGAGAUGGAAAAACAGGAAUUUGAACAACUGAGACAAGAAAUGGGAGAGGAAGAAGAAGAAAAUGAAACCUUUGAACUGAGCAGGGAAUAUGAAGAAUUAAUCAAAUUGAAAAGGAGUGGCUCUAUUCAAGCUAAAAAUCUAAAAAGCAAGUUUGAAAAAAUUGGACAAUUGUCUGAAAAACAAAUACAGAAAAAGAUAGAAGAAGAACGAGCAAGAAGAAGAGCAAUUGAUCUUGAAAUUAAAGAGCGAGAAGCAGAAAACUUUCAUGAGGAAGAAGAUGUUGAUAUCAAGCCUGCAAAAAGAAGUGAGGCUCCAUUUACUCAUAAAGUGAAUAUGAAAGCUAGAUUUGAACGAAUGGCUAAGGCAAGAGAAGAAGAAGAACAAAGAAGAAUUGAAGAGCAAAAGUUAUUACGCAUGCAGUUUGAACAAAAGGAAAUUGAUGCAGCACUACAAAAGAAAAGAGAAGAGGAGGAGGAAGAAGAGGGUAGCAACAUGAAUGGCUCCACCAUUGAAGAUGAAGCGGAAACCAGAUCAGGAGCUCCGUGGUUUAAGAAGCCUCUAAAAAACACAUCGGUUGUAGACAGUGAGCCAGUUAGAUUUACUGUUAAAGUAACAGGAGAACCCAAACCAGAAAUUACAUGGUGGUUUGAAGGAGAAAUAUUGCAGGAUGGAGAAGACUAUCAAUAUAUUGAAAGAGGAGAAACUUACUGUCUUUAUUUACCAGAAACUUUCCCAGAAGAUGAAGGAGAGUAUAUGUGUAAAGCAGUGAACAAUAAAGGCUCUGCAGCUAGUACCUGCAUUCUUACCAUUGAAACUGACGACUACUAGGUCCCCUUCCCUCUCCCUGGAACACACACCCUCUCUCUCCGACUUUCUUACUGCAUCCAUCCUUUCUGUGGCGGGGCCAGAAAAGGAAACUGGAAGUGCCACUAUGCUGACUCCUCAUUCCUUUCCCCAACAGUCUUCACAACACAAGCUCGUCUGAAAAGUACCUCCUUCCUUUUCAAAUGAGCACCAGAUUCACAUUACGCAGUAUACGUUGGUGUGUAAUUUAAUAAGGCCAAGUGGGAAAUUUACUCAAUUAUUUCUAUCAGAACCCAUACAAAGGCUGCGUAUUUCCCAUGUUUACAGCAAUGAUGUUUAAAAAAACCAUAAAUCGGACAUAUUUUGCAUGAAAGAAUAACACUUAUGAGCUAUGCACACCUAAAAUUAGUCUGAAAUAGCUGAGUUAAGGAAUUUGGAACCUAUCAAUUUGAGUGGGCUUUUUUCCUCAGUAGUUUAUCAUUUUGGUUGUUGUAGUUUCAGAGUCUUUCUGAAGCAGAGAUAUGAGGGGGUAGGGGUGUCAUUUCUCCCUGUGUGUGGAGAAAACAAAAAAACUAAAGACUUUUAAGAAACAACUGCCAGAGCAAAUGUGAUGGAAACCACUGCCUAAUACAGAGUUCUGAGUGUUGAGAAUAUCAAACGUACUUUUCAAAUGUGUGUGAUAUAUAUUCAAGCUUAUAAAAGCAAAUUUAUGUUGUGACCUUGCCUGAACAAAUUAUAUUUUAAUGAGAAAACUUUGUAUUAAUAGUUCAUGCAGGAGAAAACAAUUUCAACAUAAUCAAAGAUUUCAAGAUCUAGAAUUAGAUUUAGGGAAAAAUGGCACAAUCUUCAAUUUUGAGUUUUUAAAGUGAGUUUGUAAAUAAUUAGCAACCAUGUACUAAUCAAGUUGUUUUAUAUUUUAAUUGUCUGGAAGACAAUUUUAUUUUACAAUGUAAACCCAUAAUAAAGUCACUUCUGUAUUUAAAAAAAA